AUGGGAGUGCAAGGUUUGGCGACCCUCCCCCGGGCCUCGAGCCACUGCGGCACGCUGCCGUUCCAAAGAAGCAGCUUCGGGCUGAGCACCGCCGCUCUGUACGUGGACCCCUACCGGGAGCCCGUCUUCUCCCACCGCCACUCUGGGCUCAUCGAGCGGGGGGCCACGCGCACCCCCUCCCUCGAGAGCAUCCAUAAGGACCCCAGGGAGUUUGCCUGGCGUGACCCCGAGCUGCCGGAGGUCAUCCACAUGCUGCAGCACCACUUCCCCUCGGUGCAGGCCAACGCAGCCGCUUACCUGCAGCACCUGUGCUACGGAGACAACCGGGUGAAGGUGGAGGUGUGUCAGAUGGGGGGGAUCCAGCACCUGGUGGACCUGCUGGAUCACAAGCUGACGGAGGUCCAGAAGAGCUCCUGCGGGGCCCUGAGGAACCUGGUGUACGGGAAGGCCACAGACAACAACAAGGUGGCGCUGAGGAACUGCGGGGGGGUGCCCGCCCUGCUGCGCCUCCUCAGGAAGACCACCGACAACGAGGUCCGCGAACUCGUCACCGGCGUGCUGUGGAACCUCUCCUCGUGUGACGCGGUGAAGAUGACGAUCAUCCGGGACGCUCUGAGCACGCUCACCAACACCGUGGUCAUCCCCCACUCGGGCUGGAGCAGCCUCUCCCACCGCGACGAACACAAAGUCAAGUUCCAGUCCUCGCUGCUGCUGCGCAACACCACCGGCUGCCUGAGGAACCUGAGCUCAGCAGGGGAGGAGGCGAGGAGUCAGCUGCGUUGCUGUGAAGGUCUGGUGGACUCACUGCUUCACGUCCUCAAAGCCUGCGUCAACACCUCCGACUACGACAGCAAGAUUGUGGAGAACAGCGUGUGCACCCUGAGGAACCUCUCGUACCGGCUGGAGGUGGAGAUGCCGUCCUCCCGGCUGCUGGGGAACCAGGAGUUGGACACCCUGUUGGGCUUCUCCUCCCCGGGGAAGGAGCUGGACUACAUCUGCUGGGGCAAGAGGAGGCGCGGGCGGAAGAGGGGGGGCUGGCCCGACGACAAGUGGGACGGCGUGGGGCCCAUCCCAGGCUUCUCUCAGCACCUGAGGGGGGCGGAGCAGCUGUGGCACCCCAUGGUGGUGAAGCCGUACCUCAACCUGCUGGCGGAGAGCUCCAACCCCCCCACGCUGGAGGGGGCCGCCGGGUCCCUGCAGAACCUCUCCGCCGGGAACUGGAAGUUCUCAGCCUACAUCCGAGCGGCGGUGCGUAAAGAGAAAGGGCUGCCCAUCCUGGUGGAGCUGCUGAGGAUGGACAACGACCGGGUGGUGUGCUCCGUCGCCACCGCCCUCCGCAACAUGGCGCUGGACAGCCGCAACAAGGAGCUCAUAGGAAAGUACGCCAUGCGGGACCUGGUGACGCGGCUGCCCGGGGGGGGUCCCUCCAGGCUGUCGGACGAGACGGUGGCGUCGGUGUGCUGCACGCUGCACGAGGUCACCAGCCGCAACAUGGAGAACGCCAAAGCUUUAGCCGACUGCGGAGGCAUCGAGAAGCUGGUGGACAUCAGCAAAGGGCGAGGGAAAGGUUGUUUUUGUGUUUCUUCCUCAGGUGGUAGUGCAACAUCCUCCCCCGCCAUGCUCGGGAUCAGGAGACACAGUUCCAACUAUCAGAGAGCGCAGUCAUCUAUGCAACUCGACACGUAUUACGGAGACAACAGUUUACACAAACGGCAGUACACAGGGUCUGAGAAGAAAACUCCAUAUUUCAUCGGGACAUACUCUUCCCAGUCAGGAGAGGAUCUGAGACGUUCCCAACACACAGAGCCAUUUUACGACGAGCCCGACAGGAAGAACUACAACAGCUACAGAAUGUACCUGUCGUCCCCUCAAGACUACGGAGAGGAGCCGUACGACGAGGAGGAGCCGGGGCCCCUGACCCCCACCCCCCCCGACGGCUACGCUAGCCAGGCGCUCCAGUUCAAAGCCAACACCAACUACGUGGACUUCUACUCCACCACGCGGAGGCCUUCCAACCGGGCCAACAAGUUCACCGGCUCCCCCGACUCCUGGGUGUAGAAAGGACCCAGAGUACGAGGAGAUUCUGUUUCUGUGAUUGUUUUUGUGUGGGGAGUGCAAAGUGGAGGAUGCAUGUGAAUCUGUGUUGACCUGUGCUCAACAACAGGGCUCGGUUUGCUACAGUUACACCAUGUGCACAAUAAUGCAGAUGAACAUGGGCUAUUCCUUUUAAUUGUUCUUUCUUUACAUUUAAAGCCGAUGUAACAAGUGUUUUGAGAUCGUAUCAGUUUAUUGCACUUAAUUUAGUCCCUAUAGAUGAAAGCUUAAAGGUGGGGUAGGUAAUUUUGGAGAAACCAGCUCGAGUGCGCUAGAAUUUGAAAAUACACA